AUGGCAGCCGCUUCCUCGGCAGGUCGUUGGCGCGAUCAGGAAGCCCGUGCCAAGGAACACGCAGUUUUACGCAAGAAAGCGUCGCACAAUCGUCGCGUUUUGAAGGAACGCACGGGAGAAAAGUUUGAUGACUUGUCGGACGAUGGCGAGUGGUUGCUCGAAUCCCAAAUCAAUGACCUGUUGGCACUGGCCAUGAUGCGAAAGGAGGGAUCGCUUCAUCCCGAUGCCGUGCAGCUGGUGGUGGAUACGGCGCAUCGUCUUCAAGAAAAGGACGGAUUGACCCCUCCUGACGACAAAAAAGGGGCCAUGGCGAAAGAGCCACUAAUGAAGGCAGUGAAGCAGUAUGGGGAGUACAUUAAGAAUGGUCGACAGAUUGAUGCGGCAUUCCAGAAAUACGACAAGGAACAAGAUGGAUAUCUGAGCCGAAAAGAAUUGAUGAAGUUGUUACAGGAUCGAGAAUUGAAAGCCAAUAGAGCCAAGAGGGGUGUUGCCAUCAGGCUCAUGGUUACGGAAGAAGAUAUUGAUUGGAUCAUUGAGGAAAGUGAUGCUGAUCAUACGGGAAAGAUCAACCAUGCCGAGUAUUUACCAGCCAUUGCGGCAUGGGAAGAAUUGGCUCAAAUGAAAUUGGAACACCCAGACAAGUGCAUCAUUCUAGACUACUUUUAUUGGAAUAUUUCAGUUGAUGGGUGGUGUAGUUUAGAAAAGAAAGCAACAAAGUACAACCAAGAGAGUAGGAUGUUGCUAAUCUUACAGUAUGCAGAAAAUUGA